CUCUCUCUCUCUCUCUCUCUCUCUCCCUCUCCAACUCUCUCGGUGUUCUCAAGAGCAGCGAGUGCAAACAGGUUAUACAAUAACUACUACAAUUGUCUCUCUUCUACGCAAAGCAAUGUCAGAGCAAGCCCCUGCUCACCACCACAGUGGAGAAGGAUGGGUUGGAAUCCGUAAUGUGAAGACAAAGAAUGCUGUGAUGUAUAUUUUUCUCAAGAUAUCUGAUCUUCGAAGAAGAAGCCCUUUUGUUUGAUUCAAAGGUGGAGACAUCCUUCCUCCGACGAGUGCCAAAGAGGUUAGGUUCUUGGAGCACCGACAAAAGAAAAGAUCAAGCCUCGAUCCAGAUGAAAGAAAAAGGUAGAGGACUCUUUCUUUGAUUCACAGAUGAGGAAUCCUGCUCAUAUGAGAAUCUAAGCCUCACUCCAGGUGAAAGAAAAAGGUAAACGACUCCCGGUCCGACUCCUCCUCCUCAGGCUUACAUUCGAGCAUCCUCUGCUAUGUUAGUCAUGUCAGAAUGACAAAGGAAAAGUUAUUGAUCGUAUAUUGUUGUAAUGUGGUAGUCGUCGGAGGAAAUAUCCACAGAUUGUGUUUGGACCUUGUGAUGGCGUCAUCUUGGGAGUAUAUGGGGGACAUGGCCAACGUCGUCCAGCUGACCGGCCUCGACGCCGUCCGCCUGAUCGGCAUGAUCGUAAAGGCCGCCUCUGUUGCGCGGAUGCACAAGAAGAAUUGCCGGCGGUUCGCGCAGCACCUGAAGCUUAUCGGCAGUCUCCUGGAGCAGCUCAAGAUCUCGGAGCUCAAGAGGUAUCCCGAGACGCGCGAGCCGCUGGAGCAGCUCGAGGAUGCCCUGAGGAGGUCCUACAUUCUCGUCAACAGCUGUCAGGACCGCAGCUACCUGUAUCUCUUGGCCAUGGGGUGGAACAUCGUGUACCAGUUCAGGAGAGCACAGAGCGAGAUCGAUCGGUACUUGAGACUGAUUCCACUGAUCACUCUUGUCGACAAACAUAGAAUCAGGGAAAGAUUGGAGUAUAUUGAAAGGGACCAAUGUGAAUAUAGCUUUGAUGAAGAAGACAGGAAGGUGCAAGAUGUUCUGCUAAAUCCAGUUCCUUGCAAAAGUCAGAGCAUGGUUCUCAAAAAGUCUCUUUCUUGUUCAGACUCAAGCAUGUCAUUUGAUGAAGCUCUUCAGAAAGAAAAUGAGAAGCUUCAGAUGGAACUUCAAAGAUCACAAACUAACCUAGACGUAGGUGCAUGCGGACUUAUCCAACAAUUGCUUGGACUAACCGAGACUAUGGCAAGUGCGUUCCCGGAGAACACCGUAGAACUGAAGAAUUAUGAAAAUGUGGAGUCAGCAUCUGUUGAUGUCCUUGAUGACAAAGAAGAUUAUUCCUCUUAUGGGAACUAUUACAGCCAGCAAGAUGACACUUGCAAGGCAUCAUCAAGAAUUUCAUCUAUAGCUUCUUCUGGUCAUGAUUUGCUUUCAAAUAAGGCAUCAUCCAGAUAUGAAGAAUGGCACUCAGAUUUACUCGGUUGCUGCUCAGAGCCAUUUUUGUGCAUCAAGACAUGCUGUUUCCCUUGUGGGACUUUUUCAAAAAUCGCUUCGGUUGCAAAAAACAGACAUGUUUCUUCUGCGGAAGCAUGCAAUGACUUCAUGGCGUAUGCAUUGGUUCUAUCCUGUUGCUGUUACACAUGUUGCAUCAGGAGAAAGCUUCGUAAAAUGCUGAACAUUACGGGAGGUUUAUGUGAUGAUUUCCUCUCACACCUGAUGUGCUGCUGCUGUGCCUUCGUUCAAGAAUGGCGCGAAGUGGAGUUUCGUGGGACUAAUGUUGUCGAUAAGACGAAAACAAAUCCACCAGCUUCUCAAUACAUGGAAUCUUGACUACACAGAAUGGCAGCAACAGACCUCAGUCUGGCCACAGGAAAUGAUGGAAGUAGUGCUAGUCGUCGUCUUGUGUGUACAAUAUCUGUGUGUGUGUGUGAGUGUGUGUGUGUAUAGUACUGGUAUAUUGCACUUGGGUAUUCAUUCAUUUGUAAGUGAAGAUAACUUGGUGUGUUUGUAGAACGGGAUAUGCUUCUGCUAUUGAAAGUAAAAGAAGGUUAAUUAUU